GCCAUGAACAGCUCGUUGGGGGGCUCUGAGGUGGGCUGGCAGCCCGAGGCAGUGAUCAUCCCACUGGUGUACCUCCUCAUCUUCCUCGUGGGCACAGUGGGCAACUGCCUGGUCCUGGCUGUGCUGCUGCACAACGGGCAGGUGAAGAACACCACCAACCUCUUCAUCCUCAACCUGGGGGUGGCUGAUCUCUGCUUCAUCCUCUUCUGCGUCCCCUUCCAAGCCACCAUCUACACCCUGGAGGGCUGGGUGUUUGGGCCCUUCAUGUGCAAGGCUGUCCACUUCUUCAUCUACCUCACCAUGUACGCCAGCAGCUUCACCCUGGCCACCGUCUCCCUGGACAGGUAUUUGGCCAUACGAUAUCCCCUGCACUCCAGGGAGCUGAGGACACCCAGGAACGCCCUGGUGGCCAUCUGUUUCAUCUGGGGGCUGUCCUUCAUCUUCUCAGGCCCUUACCUCAGCUACUACCAGCAGUUCCAGUUGGCCAACCUGACCGUCUGCCACCCCAUCUGGGAGAUCUCCCAGCGCAAGGUCAUGGACAUCUGCACCUUCAUCUUCAGCUACCUCAUCCCCGUGCUGAUCCUCAGCCUCACUUACGUGCGGACCAUUCGCUACCUGUGGAGAUCCGUGGACCCUCUCCAAGACAUCUCAGAGUCCAAGAAAGCCAAGAGGAAGGUCACCAGGAUGAUCAUCAUCGUGGCCGUGCUCUUCUGCCUCUCCUGGCUGCCCCAUCACCUCCUCAUCCUCUGCGUCUGGUUCGGGUACUUCCCCCUCAACCACGCUACCUACGUGCUCCGCAUCCUCUCACACCUCAUCUCCUACUCCAACUCCUGUGUCAACCCCAUUGUCUACGCCCUGGUCUCCAAACAUUUCCGCAAGGGCUUCAAGAAGAUCUUCAUCUGCCUCCUGAACAAGAAAGCAGCCAACAAAGUGCACGUGGCCCAAGUGAUGAACACGGUCAGCCUGCUGGAGGCAGAGCUCAGCGAGGUGACCCAGCUCAGUGAGACCCUGGCCAGCCACUCACCCCUCAGCUGCAAGGUCCCAAACCAGCCCUGGGGGGAAGCAGAGCAGAUGGGACAUCAGCAGAAAGCCAAUGGCUCCUUCAUCACCUUCAACCUCACCUAGCAGAGCU